UAUUUAUUCAGGAGCAACAUGUAGAAAUGACCUCUAAUAAGAGAGAGUUUAUACUUGGUGAUGUACACUUGGCAGGAAUAAUGGGAGUCGGUCGUGAGCUCCAUUCACUGCUGCUCCAUUGGGAUUUGUAUCGACCAAGUGGAAGGAAGAACUCACCUGGGCGGUGGAAACACUCACUUGUUGUUAUUGUUCCUUUGGAGGCUCUGUCAUGAGCAGUGGUGUCUAGGCUUGGUUUUCUAACUUUCUUCGAAGCAUUGUCGUGCGAGCGGAUUGAUACUCAACUUGUGGGUCUCGUAGAUUAUUCUCAUGUGUGUGUUUUUGGUGUCGACGGAUUGUGGGCUUUAAAUUCAGUGUCUGGAUUCUGAGGAGUAGUGGGAAUGUCGGAUAGUGGUGGGGAAACCGAUAAGAACAUCGAGGUAUGGAAAAUCAAAAAGCUCAUCAAGGCGCUGGAGUCCGCCCGCGGCAAUGGCACUUCCAUGAUUUCCCUCAUCAUGCCGCCCAGUGUGGGUCUGUUGGUAUGGGGAGUUGUGGCAGGUGUGAGUUUCAGCUGUGGUGGUGAAUGGCUUUCGUGGAACUAGGGUUUCGGAAUUGGUGCAGUUAAUAGGCUUCAAUUGAAGAGGAUGUGCGCAGAGAUUGGACCAGAUUUCUCGAGUGACUAAGAUGCUUGGAGACGAGUUUGGGACAGCGUCCAACAUUAAAAAUAGGGUGAACAGGCAGUCAGUACUGGGAGCCAUCACUUCUGCGCAGCAGAGAUUGAAGCUUUACAACAAAGUCCCACCCAACGGACUUGUGUUGUACACGGGAACAAUUGUCACGAAUGAUGGCAAGGAGAAGAAGGUAACGAUUGAUUUCGAGCCCUUCAAGCCCAUCAAUGCUUCCCUUUACCUUUGUGACAACAAAUUUCACACAGAAGCUUUGAAUGAACUGCUGGAAUCAGAUGACAAGUUCGGGUUCAUCGUGAUGGACGGUAACGGUACUCUGUUCGGAACCCUGAGCGGGAACACGCGAGAGGUUCUGCACAAGUUCACUGUGGAUUUACCUAAGAAGCACGGUCGUGGAGGACAGUCCGCGCUUCGUUUCGCCAGGUUGCGAAUGGAGAAGCGUCACAACUAUGUCCGGAAAACGGCAGAGCUUGCGACCCAGUUUUUUAUUAAUCCUGCGACAAGUCAGCCCAAUGUGUCAGGUUUGAUCCUUGCCGGUUCAGCCGACUUCAAGACGGAGCUCAGUCAGUCCGAUAUGUUCGACCCUAGGCUGCAAGCGAAGGUGCUGAAUGUGGUGGAUGUGUCUUAUGGAGGAGACAAUGGGUUCAAUCAGGCGAUCGAGUUGUCAGCAGAGAUUCUUGCGAACGUGAAGUUUAUUCAGGAGAAGAGGUUGAUAGGAAAAUACUUUGAUGAAAUCAGCCAGGAUACAGGGAAGUAUGUGUUUGGAAUCGACGACACGCUCAAGGCUCUGGAGAUGGGUGCCGUGGAGACAUUGAUCGUGUGGGAGAAUCUGGACACGAACCGUUACAUUCUGAAAAAUGCAGCAACCGGAGAGCUCGUGAUCAAACAUUUGAGCAAAGAGCAGGAAGCCGAUCAAUCGAACUUCAAGGACGCAGAAACUCAGGCCGACUUGGAGGUUCAAGAGAAGCUGUCACUUUUGGAGUGGUUUGCAAACGAGUAUAAGCGGUUUGGCUGCACUUUAGAGUUUGUAACCAACAAGUCACAGGAAGGGUCCCAGUUUUGUCGAGGUUUCGGAGGUAUUGGAGGUAUUUUGCGCUAUCAGCUGGAUAUGCGCACGUUUGACGAACUGUCAGAUGGAGAUUAUGGUGGUAGUGACGAGGAUUAUUAGGUGAGCACGAUGGUUAGUUUGUCUCUAUUAUGUUUGCAUGUUCUCUUAUUUGAGAGAGGAGGGUAUUCAUAGUUUAGAUUUACUGGGUUCGUUAAUCACGGAGAGCCAGUCUCUGCUGUAGGAGAUCACACGCCAAAUUAAAUGUGCUUUAAAAGCACCUAAAAUCCUGGUGUUUUGCAUGGGAUGCAUGGAAAAUCAAACGGUGUUAAUAUGGAUGAAAUUCUGCGUAGAUUUUUUGUAUUUGUACCCUAGAGCUAUUCUACAUGAGUGUUUUUUGGAAUUGUCAGGUUAGAGAGUCUGGCAGCACACUCCACUUGCCGAUAGUAGUUCUAUGUAUCUCAAUGUGUUGACAAAUAAGUGCCAUGAACGCAGUCUGUUUUGAGGUC